AUGGCCCGUCUCUCCUGGCCUCGCAACCCACCCGGAUGGUUCUUGUUCGUACUUGGUGCCGUGAUGGUCCUCCGUCAGAUUAUGGCCUUCAUCGACGUCAAGCCUGUGAUGGAAGAGUUUAAUAUCCGUGAAGAGAAUUCAGUACGAUUCAUGGCUUUCUCUAUGGGCUCGAUCGGCCUCUACAACAUCCUCGGUGCGCUAGAAGACAAUUGGAACAUAUACUGGUUCUCGCUGGUAUCCAGAGUUGUGGCUUCAGUCAUAAUGUAUACCCUCAAGGGUGGAUGGGAGAACUUGGCACAUAUCGAAUUCGGUACUGCUGUUCUCCUUGCAGCUUGUAUGUGGUGGACGUGA